UUAGCUGGUGAAUCAGUAGCUGAGUUAUUUUUGACACACUCAGCAUCAAGAAGAAGAAGGAGAAGGGGAAGAACCAAACUAAAAGCAAUGACGAAACUUCCACCGGGAGAAGAAAAGAAAAUAUAUAUAGGCCACCACUAACUAAACCCCACCUCCAUCCACCUUCCGGCGAAACCAAUUCCAUCCUCGCUUUCGCAAGACUCUUCCUUUCUCCCCUUUCCUUUCCCAACCCAUCGUCGCCCCGGCCCGAGGUAACCGCCAUAGCCACCAAGAAUCAAGAACCUUGCCUGCCGCGCGUCGUCCCUGAGGUCCAGGAGGGGAUGGAGGGCGGCUGCGGCGUGGCCGGCGGGACGGAGGGCGGCUGCGGCAAGAAGCAGCAACAGCAGGCGCGGCCGCAGUUCGGGCGGUCGCUGACGUACCACCACCACCAGGGGCACCGGCUGCUGCCCAGGUGGCGGCGGCCGCAGCUGGCGGACGAGCCCCGGGCGCGGCCGCAGGCGGUGGUGCUCUACACGACGUCGCUGCGCGGGGUGCGGCGCACCUUCGCGGACUGCUCGGCCGCGCGGGCCAUCCUGCGCGGCUCCCGCGUCGCCGUCGACGAGCGGGACGUGUCCAUGGACGCCGCGCUGCGCCGCGAGCUGCAGGCGCUGCUCGCGGCCCGGGGCCGCGCCUUCUCGCUCCCGCAGCUCUUCAUCGGGGGCCGGCUCGUGGGCGGCGCCGACGAGGUCCGGCAGCUGCACGAGUCCGGCCAGCUCCGGCGCCUCCUCGAGGGCGCCGCGGGCCAGGACCCGGCCUUCGUCUGCGACGCCUGCGGCGGGGUCCGCUUCGUCCCCUGCCCCGCCUGCGCCGGCAGCCGCAAGGUGUUCGACGAGGAGGAGGACCGCGCCCUCCGCUGCGCCGACUGCAACGAGAACGGGUUGGUGCGCUGCGCUAACUGCUCCUCCUGAUCCAUCCAUGCCGCUAAUUGAAUUGAAGGAUUAGAGUCGGUAGGUUCGUCGUCAGAUCAGAGAGAGGCGCAUUUUCGGUUCCUUGGGGUUCUUGAUUUAUGAUUUAUUAUGUGUCCUAGCUAAAUCGAUCGAUCAAUCCGAUCGUUUGGGGAUCGGAUUCUUAGCUGCUCAUGGAUGGAAGAGAACGAAUUGUUCUUGGCUCCUUUGCCGCGGAAUCGCCGUCCGGUGGUGGCGAUUGAUGAUGAUGAAUAAGAGCCGGUGCUUGUAUAUGUGUGUAAAAUUUGGCGCUGAUAUUAGCUUGGGUGAUUAAUGUAUGACGAAGAACUGAUGUAAAUACUUGAGCUUGGGAGUGAUCAAUUCUUGCCUAGUUCCCUGUUUAUCCAUGGUUUUGGUCAAAUCUCUUCAUGGAUGUAACUACAGUAGCAAUACAGUUCGAUACCUCAUCAAGAACUGGCCCAACUGUACUGGCAUGAAGUCUUUAAGGCCGAAAUCAGCUGUGAUCAACUGUACUAUUCAGAAGCUGUACUCAUGCUGUUCUAUAGCUGUUUUAUAAAUUAGAGCCACGUCUUCUGUUCUUUAA